AAUUCGAAGCUCACAGAACACCACACAAGUCAGACGGGACCUCACCAGGGUCUUCUGCCUGCCGGGACCACCGCCGCCGCCAUGAUCCUGAGGCCUCCAUAGGAGUCGGGAUUUGUCUUCGUGAAAUGGAACACGGUUACCCCUUAUUGGUCGUCCAGGGGAGGCUGAGCCUGGAGUCCAGUUGGUGGGACUCUCCUGCUGAUCUUUUGUCAGGUUGGAAUUUGAGAUGAUUGGAGACGUGAGCAGCCAUGCGGAGCGUCAGAACGCGGAGGAGCUGGAGUGCAAGAUCUGCUACUGCGCCUACAAUUUGGGGAGCCGCCGACCCAAGGUUCUGGAAUGCUGCCACCGCCUAUGUGCCAAGUGCCUCGCCAAGAUUCAGGACCUAGGAGAGUCGCCUCCCAGCACCGUGGUCUGCCCCUUCUGCCGUUACGUCACCAGGCUACUCGGAGAGGCGGCCAGCAGUCUCCCGGACGACUACAACCUGCUAACCGCAUUGGCCCUGGGGAGCUGCAGCCAGAGGUCCCAGAGGAACCUUCAUUUCCACCAAGACGAACUGCUCCUGAACCCCCGGCACCUGAGCUCCUUGAUGGGAAACGAACCGACCUCGACGUCCCCUUCCUCCACCUCUGCUUACUCUUCCAUCCGAGGCUCUCCUAACUUUGUGGUCAUCACCAUCAUGGAGCCUCCGCCGGCCUCCUCCCCAGGGCAGGACCAGCCCGGCGGAAACCUGAUCUCCAACCGGGGGUUCCGCUCCUCCAGCCAAGACUCCAUGGCGUCCAUCACGCAGAGGUGGACCUUGUGGAACUGCGCCGCCAUGCUGUGCCAAACGUCGGCCCGGGCCCUAGUGUGGGUGCUAGGCCUGCUCUACUUCAGCUCGCUGCCCAUGGGCGUGUACCUCCUCAUCAUGCAGCAGACCACUGUGGGGGUCCUGCUGGUGAGCCUGGUCCCCGCCAGCCUGGUCAUGGUGAUUGUCUACGGCUUCUGCCAGUGCGUAUGCCAGGAGGUCUGGAACUGCAUGCCACCGUAGCGAGAGCUCUUGUACCUCGGACUGAAAGUGGGUUGAGAGCGGGGCCAACACUCAGGAGUUUCCUCAUCUGUUCAGUAUUCAACUGUUUUGUCCCGUCAGGGCCACCGUACUUCAAGAAGCUGACUCAAAACAACACACUACAGUGGUACACUGCAUAAACUCAAAAUCUUACCGAGAAUAUUUGUCUUCUAUUCAAAACGAAUCUGAUUCCACUUAAAAUAAAAAAUCACUUGUUUCAUGAUUGUUUUUACUUGAAAUAAGUGGGGAAAAAAUGUAAGCUUUUUUUUCUUACUCCACUGGCAAUGUUUUCUACUUAUUUCAAGUGUAAUUCUGCUUGAAACGAGUGAAAAUGGUUUGAAACAUGUCACUUUUUAGGUGAUGCGUCUUCAUUUAAGUGUAAUCAGAUUAGCUUUGACUCGAAAUAUAUUUUUUUAAGAUUCUGAGUUGUUGCAGUCUACGUUGACUUACGAGCGUCUCCAUUUUUUGGAGUUAUGAGCCGAUUUAUUUUUUUCCCCCCUAGGAAUUAUGAGUGAGCUUCAGAUAUGUCGCUGACGCACUGGGACAAACACACAAAUACAAAAUGAGAGAAAUGAAUAAAUACAAUGAGAACACUCACAAGGAGCAGCUGUAGGCCCACAACUCAAACCCAGACGCUCACACGAAGACUAAUGUUCCUGUCCCUCAGUAGGCCACACCUCUUAAAGGCACACUACAAACACGUUUACAGCUGUUGUUGUGGCUUGGCUUGUCCCGACGUACGGUUGUAAUUGUAAAGACACUUCAUGAAAGCAGUUUGACUUUACAGAAAACGGACGAUUUUUACUACUUCUACUACAUGUAUUUUUGUUCUCCCUUUGGCAUUUUGCGCCCCCCCCCCCCGUU